AUGCUUGGAUUACUGUUUUCUCUUUCUGCCUCAGAAUUCCGUAUUUGCAUUUAUGCGAGUUCUGAAAAUGAAUGCAAGGGUACAGGAUAUAAGGAAAAAAUAACUCUAGCAGCUUUCACUGAAGAUAAUUUCGACGCUAAAACCCAUCUUCAACAGUUAGGAUAUGAUAUUUCGACCACUCCUGAUAUCAAUAUUGACUAUCAAGGGCAUGAUGCAGGAACAAAAAAUCAUCCAGAUCAAAAAAUUCUUAACAAAUUUAGUAAAGACGAUUUCCAUCCAUUAGUCAUAUUCGAUUCAAUGAGUAAUACACCCACAAAAGAGAUCACUCACAUGCCCUUAGAAGAUAAAGCUAGGUGCGAAUAUCAUGGUUAUAUAUUAAGAUUUACUGGAAAUUUCAAAACCAACACAACGAAAGUUUAUAAUUGCAAUGGCCAAAGUGAUACAGUGUCCUUCUUUCAAAUCGAUAAUUAUCUUGGACCUCCCUCAUUCUUAAAGUCAUUAUUCCAACAAGACGGAACAUAUUCUUAUGUUGGUAAUGCUGAAUUUCAAGGUAUAGAAGACUUCCCUCUCACAAAUCAAAACAAAGUAAUAGAUAUUCAAGGAUCUGUUUCAAUUAGUGAUGUGAAUUCUUACUCAGCAGUAGAGAUCAAGGAUAAAUAUGCAUCAGACGCGUACUACCUUAAAAUUACAAUUUCUGACAAGUUUUUUGAGUUCCGACCAUUUGUCAAACAGAAUUUAUUUAUCAAAUUCAAAAAACCAACAACUUCAGCUUCAGUAUUAACAAUUGAUUCAGACCCUAAUGGUAUUAAUUUCGAAAGUGGUAAAAAACUUGCUUUACUGUAUCUUAUUGGUGCUUCAAACGAAGCUUAUAUGAAAAUCAACAUCAAAUCCAGCUCUAUUCUUGCAUUGACCAGUAAGGGAUAUACUGAUAUGGAAGUUUCUCAAAGUGGCGCUUAUGAUUUAACAACAAUUGAGUUUGUCAACGAGCAAAGUAUAUCAGCUGCUAUUCAAAUGCAUGAAUGGGCGAAAAAGACAAAUUUCAUAAUCAAUAAAGAUAUAAACGUCGAUUUGCUUUUCAUUCGCUUCGCAACAAACUUCACAUUCUCGUUGGCACAAGGUGUAACUUCAGCUACAUUUGGAGCUACAACUAUGGAUGGCAAUCCAUCACAUCAUAUGAAGAUUCAAAAAGGACUUUCAGUUAAGAUCAGAACAUUUAAAAACUAUGUAAUUUAUAACAACAUUCUUUGGCUCAGAUUGAUUCUUUUUACAUCUGGAACUUCAACAAAAUUCGAAACAGGUAAACUUCAGAUAGAUGCAUUGUCUCCGCCAACUUCUGAUUGGAAACAAUUCCCAAUUUACAUUGAACACAAACAAGAUGUGUUUUAUACACCUAAUAACUUGAAGACAUAUUUCGAUGCUUCAUAUGAUAUUCUGACUACUUCAUCAUCAAGCGCCAUUACAAUUGUAUUAGAUAAUGAAAUAAACAAUCCUGGUUUCUAUAAUAAACAGCUACUCAUGGGCCAAGCGAAGUCAGAACCAGUGGAAGGUAUGUCAACAUAUUCAAUUAAAUUUGAUUCAUCCAAGUUCCAGAAAUUCAACUUCUCAUUAUGUCUUUCAUAUCAAGAAUCUUUAUGCCAAGCAGGUGACAUGAUUUACUAUAUUCAAGAUUAUGUUAAAAAUGAUCAACCAACAGAUGUAAAUGCAUUUACUAAUGUCAUAAAUACAGCUUCCAAAGCUGUCAACUUUAGUGCAAUUCGCAUCACUAUUAGAACGCUACCUAAUUAUUUUACAACCUAUAGAUUCAAGAUUCCAACAUUAGACUGCUCUCAACUUGAUUCAUCAAUGAAAUCAAAGCCAUUAGAAAUAACAUGCAAAAAGUUCUACCAAGAACUCAAUGUCAUCAAUGCUGAUGUAAUGGAUGGACCUAUACAAUUAAACAGAAUCAAAUUAAACACUGAUCUUGAAUCUGGUUCAAUCAAGUUCAAAGAUUCUACUAAGGUAACUUUUGCUCAUUCAUUUAUUAAGAAUGCAGAGGAUUACACACCCAAGUUUUCUGCAAAUGUCAACUUCUACUAUACUCUAGCAGAUAUCGCUAAUGAAUUUUCAACCGAUAGAGCUACUGAUAUAUUUGCCAUGAAAUAUCUUCUUUUGGAUCAGGCCAUUGUUUAUCUCGAUGAAUUCGAUCCAUUGAACUUCUUCGGCCUAUACUACGGCAAUCACACUGAGCUCAAAGUCAGAGUUAAGGCAGCAGAAAACGUUCAACCUAUAACAAUUACACUAAUGGCCACAAAGGUUUACUUUACUUUUGAUUACAGUCAAAAUUCAGAAUUCGUUGACAGAGAUCAAUGCAGAUUCACAAUUCAAUAUACAGGUGCUUUAACACCUGGUAAAAUCGUCAAGUUUAAUGUCACUAACUUUAAAGGAUGUGCAGAGUCCAUAACUGUUAAAACUGAUUGGCCUGAUUCAUUUAGAACAGAUGAAAUUGUUACAUUGAUUCCAAAUGCAACGAAUUGCAAAGUUAGCUUGGCAAACUUCACAGGUAUACUGAUCAAGGAUAUUCCUUAUUCAGUUUCAAACAAAUUAGCUUCCAGAGUUUUGAAUGAAACUACUGUUUUCAAAUUGAGUGAUGGAAGUUAUCUCCCUUCAGUUCAAUUCCCUGACAUGUCCUUCGAUACUUACUACAAUGCAGAAAACAAAGUCUCUAGUAUCAAAGGUUGCAAAGCUAUUUUCAAGAACUUGGAAAUCAGAUUCGACACAAUUUCUCGCUUCGACGCUUUGGAAGUCACAGAAAGUUUAGUUAUGUACCCAGGUUCUGUCCUCGAACCAACUCCUUCAUCUAAUCCAUCAACUAACCCAGAAAAUACAACAAAUACAGAAAAUCCGCAGCCAAAUACAGAAAAUCCGCAACCAAAUCCAGACGAGACACCAUCAAAGAAGAAGAUUAAAGAAGGAGAAACACCAACAAAUGAACCAACUCAAAAUAAUGUUGACUUCUGCAACAUAUUCGGCGCAAAGGUCGAAAUGAAAUGGAAUGCAGAAAAACACUCUGAGAUCCAUUUGGCUGAUAACUGUCCACAGCAGCCUGCUGAAACAAUUUUCAACUUCAACUACGACAGCACAAUCUUGAGGAAGGUAUUCAAUGUUACUGUCUUCCAGAAUAACUACAUGACAGAAACAGGUCAGCGCCUCAUCAAAGGAUUCAAACCAUCUGAAAAGACAAAGGCUUAUUUGACCGCUGACAAUGUUUUCGGCCCACCUCCAGACACAGACAAAGACUGGGAUAAAUACAAACCAACAAUGGAAAUCAUUGCAUCCGGUGAAAGUGAAUUCUAUCUCAAAGCCACUCAGAAGUUCAUCGAAGACAACAAGGAUAAAAUGGAAAACUCAGGUGCAGAUCCGAAAUACACAGAGCUCGCCCAGAAAAUGUACGCAAUUAAGGAGAAUCCCAAAGGAAACGGUCUAGUAUUGGUCAUCUUCGUAGCUCUCGUAUUCCUCAUCGUUGCCAUCGUUGUUUGGGUCGUCAUGUUCUUCCUCUACAAGGAUACACUCGUUGAGAUCAAUGAUGACUCUUCAAGCUACAACACAGGCAUGUCAUUGACAGAAUCUGGCUCUAGCAGCACAUCAUCAAAGAAGAAGAAGUCGAGCGGCUCUGGAUCCAGUUAUUCAGUUUAA